AUGAGUAAUUUUCACUAUCAGUUUCCUAAUUCUCCUCCUUCCUUUUAUACUUCAUCAGACGAAUUUAAUACACAAGCUCAAACAACUUUUGACAGAUUUGGUGACACUGUUGAUUCUUCUAUGAAAUGGGCUGUAGCAGAAUCUAUAGUAUAUGGAAUUGUGGUAAUAACCGCUGUUAUAGCAAUAGUGCAUGCUAUUAUUGAGUGCUUGAAGAAAGCAGGAACAGCAAUUCCUGCUUACACUCAGAUUUCAACAACAGAAAAGGACAAUCAAAUAUUUUCAAACUCUUCAGUUCCUUCAACAAGCAGAAUCGAAGUUAUUAUACCAGAAAAUUCAAAAGCUGAAUUUCCAACCAUGGAAAGAUUCUUAAGCAACAUCAAUAGAGAAAAACCAAUCAGAUUUACACCAGAGAAGCUCGACGAAAUCACCGAAAACUACUCAACCAUAUUAGGUUCUGGUGCUUUUGGGGUUGUCUUCAAAGGAAAGUUAUCCAACGGAGAAAAUGUUGCCGUCAAAGUUCUCAACUGUUUGGAUAUGGGAAUGGAAGAGCAAUUCAAAGCCGAAGUUAGCACGAUCGGAAGAACUUAUCAUAUCAAUUUAGUCAAGCUUUAUGGAUUUUGUUUUCACCAUGACACAAAAGCACUCGUUUACGAGUGCGUUGAAAAUGGUUCGCUAGAUAAGUACUUGUUUGGAAGCACGAAUCGCGAUGUUGAGUUUCGAAAGCUUCACGAGAUUGCUAUUGGAACGGCUAAAGGAAUCGCGUAUUUACACGAGGAAUGUCAACAUAGAAUAAUACAUUAUGAUAUCAAACCAGAAAAUGUUCUUCUUGACAUGAAAUUAGUACCGAAGAUAGCUGAUUUCGGAUUAGCGAAGUUAAGAAAUAGAGAAAGUAACAACACUGUAAUAAUAAAUACUCACUUUAGAGGAACAAGAGGCUACGCUGCACCGGAGUUAUGGAAGGCUUAUCCAGUUACAUAUAAGUGUGAUGUUUAUAGUUUUGGUAUUCUUCUGUUCGAAAUUGUAGGGAGAAGAAGGCAUUUCGAUUCUAGCUAUAGUGAAUCGCAACAAUGGUUUCCGAAAUGGACAUGGGAAAUGUUUGAGAACAAUGAGUUGGUUGUUAUGCUCGCGCUUUGUGGGAUUGAAGAGAAAGAUAAUGAGAUUGCUGAGAGAAUGUUGAAGGUUGCUCUAUGGUGUGUUCAAUAUUCGCCAAAUGAUAGGCCUCUAAUGAGUACUGUGGUGAAGAUGUUAGAGGGUGAAAUAGAAAUUUCAUCACCUCCAUUUCCCUUUCAUAAUCUUGUUCCUGCUAAAGAAAAUUUGACAUCAGAGGGAAGCAUUGCGGAUUCGGAUACUACUGCAUCGUCGUGGAAUACAGAAUCUAUUAGAGAAUGUUUUGGAGCCAAACACAACACAUUUGAGAUCGAAAAAGCUACAUAG